AUGGCACAAGAGGUCGUCCGCAUUCGACUGGCCCUCUCGAUUUUGCGCCUGAAAAAUCUCGGCAUGCCCAUGAAUAUGGAACGACUACUAAGGAACAUAUACCAACAAUUAAGGCUAGUUAUAAUACUGCUCAACAUCAUAUCGCCUUGUCUUUCUAAGGAAGAAGUCAAAUCCAGACAGAAAAGGAUAUUAUGGGUAACCCAAGACGGUAGAUUGGCGCUACCCCCUGGUACCACUUUGGUAAUAUCACCUUCUUUGUCAAUGCCAUUUGUGAGGUAUCCACCAGAUGGGUUUUUCUCCAAUUUGACCAUUAGUCUUCCAUUUACAAUCGACUUCAACAAGCUGGGUCUAACCGACAACGAGAACCCUUACGGCGUCCUUCCGCCCCUGCUGGCCCGUUCCAUGGGCCGCGCAGCUGGGGGCAUACUAGCGGACUACAUAGGCAGCAUGCUGAACAGGCGUCGCGGGAAAAGGUCCCCCACCGACCAACCGCCCAAGCCCCACGCUAGCGCCUUCCACGGCGGCGAAAGGGCUCUGCUCUACGUAGCCCUGGAGGAGUUACUGGAAAAUUUCGGGAUGAACGGAAGGGCGUGUCUCCUGAGAGCCAUCUGCGAGGUGCACGCGCACCCGAUGACCAACUUCGGGCUGGUCGGGGAGAUGCUGAAGUUGUUUCUGAGCGCUAGUAAGUCCCCCUACGCCCACAUGCUGAACGAAUAUGUGGAGGCCGAAAAUGCGGGGAGCGGCAAACUUGGCGGGCCUGGCGAAUGCUGGCCGUACAUGAAAGACUGUCCCAAGUCGUUGUUUAUGUCUAAACACAAUCAUUACCGGGAUGACUCAGAAAGUAAUGAGAUACCAGACGUGGAGGACCUAGAGGAUUCACUGGAAAAAGUUACCUACAACCCCCUACUGAGGAACAUGUAG